AUGAAGCAGUUUCAACUUUUGCAUUUACUUAUCCUGAUUUCGUUAACAACAUUCACAAAAGCGCAGAAUCACAUCCAGACGAAAUGCAACAAUGUUUGUGGCAGUGUCACCAUCGAUUUCCCAUUCGGAAUUGGAAGAAAUUGUGCUCUUAACGAAUGGUUCAAGAUUGAUUGCAACUCCUCGACACCAUAUCUACGUGCACUCAACAACGUGGAGGUGUUGGAGGUAACAUCAAGUCGACAAACAGUCGUUGUUAAUGUCUCCACAAUUCCCGAUUGCAAGAAUCCAAUCCAGAACAGCAGCCUUGACCUAAGACGAACUCCCUUCCGCUAUUCCAGAAGCGAUAACGUAUUCGUUGUUGAGGGGUGUGGGAAUGCUGACAUCAUCACCAAGAAUGGAACUAUUGUCGGUGGUUGCUCAACGACUUGUAGAACAACCACCAACACUGUUAGUGACUUAAACAACUGCUUUGGCGUUGGUUGUUGCCAAACAACAAUUGCUCAAGAUCUCGAGUCGUUUACCUUAAACCGAACUGGCUUGGAAAGGCAAGAUGGAGAUGGAACCUCCUGUGUGUCAGCUUUCUUAGCGCAUAAGUUUUUCAUCACCGGAAUAUAUUCAAGCCAAUCUAUGGUUGGUGACCAUACUUUUGUUCCGGUUUCACUUUCAUGGUGGAAUGGAAAUCGUACUCCAAUAGGAUGCAACCAGACGUGUGGAGAUGUCUCGAUUCCAUACCCAUUAGGGAUUGGAAGGAGGUGUUCGGGGAACGAAUGGUUCAAUGUUCAUUGCAACUCCUCCAAACCUUAUCUUUCUUCAUUCAACAACGUGGAGGUGUCGAGUGUAAACAUGGAAAGAUUAAUUGUCGUUGUUAAGAUCCCCAUGAAAGUUUCGGAUUGUGAGAAUCCACUCCAGAAUAGUAGUAUUGACCUAAACUCAAGUCCAUUUCAUUUAUCUAGGUUCGAUAACUUAUUCGUUGUUGAGGGGUGUGGGAAUGCUGCUAUUAUGGAGAACGGGAGUAUUGUCUCUGGUUGUUCAACGACUUGUGGGAAUGGCACUGUUAUUGAUAGAAACAAGUGCUUUGGCGUUGGUUGUUGCCAAACUACUAUUCCUCAUACUCUCACGUCGUUUACGUUGAAUCUAAGAGGCUUGAAAAGACAUGCUGGAAAUGGAAGCUGUGGGUCUGCUUUCUUGGUGGAUAAGAAUUCAUACAUGGAAGGAGGAUUUUCCGGUGAAUCUACUUUGGAUGACCGGAUUUUUGUCCCACUAGCACUUUCAUGGCGCUACGUUUACGAAGUUGACCCAGAUGAACAAAAAUGCAGAGCGUGUGAAGCUAAAGGUGGGUUUUGUUACCAUGAAGGUGGCUUGGGCUCGAAUAUGAGUUGUCGUUAUGAAAGCAAAAUUUCACUGAGUAUCAUUCUAGGUGUUAGCAUAAGCAUUGGGCUACUAUUGAUAAUACUGAUGAGCUAUGCAUUAUACAAACUAAUCAAGAAAACUAAAGCCAAGAGAAGGAAAAAAAGAUUUUUUAAACGUAAUGGUGGUAUACUUCUUAAACAACAACAAGCAACAGAUAUUCGUUUAGUUGAUAAAACCAUUCUUUUCACCUCUAACGAAUUGAAUAAGGCCACUGACAAUUUCAAUGAGAAUAGAAUUCUUGGUCGAGGAGCUCAAGGUACAGUGUAUAAAGGCAUGUUAUCUGAUGGACGGAUUGUAGCAAUCAAGAAAUCAAUGGUGGUUGACGAAAGCCAACUAGAACAGUUCAUCAAUGAGGUCGUCAUUCUUUCGCAAGUAAGCCAUAGAAAUGUGGUCAAACUAUUGGGAUGUUGUUUAGAGACCGAAGUUCCAUUGCUUGUCUCAGAGUUCAUAUCAAAUGGUACAUUGCAUGACCUUAUUCAUGAUGAAAUCGGUGAGUUCUUAAUAUCUUUAAAUAUGAGGUUACAAAUCGCUAUAGAGGUUGCAAGAGCACUUUCUUACUUACAUUCAGCAACCUCUUUUUCCAUAUACCAUAGGGACAUAAAAACAACUAACAUACUUUUAGAUGAAAAAUAUAGAGCCAAAGUUUCUGACUUUGGAACUUCAAGGUUUGUAUCAGUUGAUCAAACUCACUUGACUACCUUAGUCAAAGGGACAAUUGGUUACUUGGAUCCAGAGUACUUCCAAUCGAGCCAGUUCACUGAAAAGAGUGAUGUAUAUAGUUUUGGAGUUGUUUUGUUAGAACUCUUAACAAGGGAAAAGCCAAUUUCCUUAACUAGAUUUGGUGAAAAUAGAAAUUUAGCUAAACACUUUAUGUUAGCCAUGGAAGAAGGUCGAGUGAUGUCUAUUUUGGAUGAAAUGGUUGUUAAGGAGGGUUCUAGGAUUGAACUGAUGGCCGUAGCUAACUUGGCAAUGCGAUGUUUGAAUUUCAAUGGUAGAAAUAGGCCAACAAUGAAAGAAGUUGCCACCGAGUUAGAAGGCAUCAUAUUGUCACAUGUACCUUCCACAAUCGAACCUACUUUUAGACAUGUGAAGAAUUAUGAGGAGGUAGAACUUACAUAUGGCGAGUCAACAUCAACAUCAAUAACAUUUGAUCAUAACCAUUGUCAAUGAAUAUUUGUCUUAGUUUUUGUUGUUAUAAUUUCCUUUUGAUGAAUAAUGUAACAACAAUACUUUUAUCUUUUCAAAAUUUACCAUGGUUGUACCAU